GAUUUGUCGUCAUUUCGCCCGACGAGUUCGACGAGUGUUGCGUGGCUCCGCGGUGAUAUAUAUAUGUACACAUAGUUUUUUUUCUCCGCUCCCCGUUCGACGCUACAGUGCUAUACGUAUCGCCGCGUUACUCUCCGCCGUGCGCACUCGCUCCGAACAGUCGUUUCGGCAGGCGGAAUCGUCGCAAGUGUCUCUUUUUUUUUUUUGUUGUUGUUUCCAUCAUAAAGUAAAUUUACUCGUCGUCGAGUGAGAACAGUGCAAAAACGUUUUACGUCGUACGGGCUUGGCGGACAGGAAGAAAUCGAUAACAAGUCUUACUACGUCAUCAGUGAUAUUUUGAUUGAUUUCAACUUUAGGAGAAAAUGUUCUUCAUCAAAGAACCAAUGUUUUCGUGACAUUCAUUUCAAAGUAAUAAUGCAAUAUUAUUCGUCUGUUUCACAACCUGUGAUUAAUCAAUCAUCAAUUACACUUGCGUGACGUUUAAGAUAAUUUCUGUUGGCUAUCAAAAGCCGUUCAGAUUAUCAUUAAACGGUAUACAACAAUUUCUUAAUACAAUGGAGCGAGAAUCCAAUUCCAUGCAGGCUUUGUGUCGUGGUGGAUGUGGCUUCUAUGGUAACCCAUCUACAGAUGGUCUUUGCUCUCUGUGCUAUAAAGAAGCACUGAAAAAGAAACAGACACCACCACAAACAGCUCCAUCGCCACCUUCAGUCUCCGCUCAGAGUAUGAUGGAGACUGCCAUACCUACCAUACCAGUGCUGCAGAUUCCACCUGUAUCCGCCUCUCCUAUUUUGCCCACAGACUCAAAAAAAGAUAUGGACAAUGGUUUGGCAUGCAGUUCUAAUGACAGCAGUCUCAUGGACGAUGGUAAAAAUGAUGACGAUGAUGAUAAAGACAAGUCUAAAAAGAAAAACCGAUGUGCCAUGUGCCGCAAAAAAGUCGGUCUUACAGGUUUUGAAUGCCGUUGUGGUGGCUUAUUUUGCGGCAUCCACAGAUACUCCGACAAACACAAUUGUUCAUUUGACUACAGGGAGCUAGGAGCACAAGAAAUCAGGCGCAAUAAUCCAGUAGUUGUUGGAGAAAAAAUUCAGAAGAUUUAAUAUUUUGAAUUUAACACUUAAAUAAGCGCAUGAAAAUAAUGAAUGUACCAAUAUAAUAAAAUAUAUGCAUCUAUAUAUAUAUAUAUAUUUAAAAUAUAAAUAAACUUCCACUGUAGUUUUAUAACAACAUAAAGUGUACAUUCUUAAUUUAAUUAAAGGUAUAGUAAUUUUAUUUUUCUAAUGAUUUUUGAAGCCUUACCUGUUUUCAAAUUCACAAUUGACACAUUUUUUUCCAUUUGUCAAAGGAAGAGGAGAACAUUAUAAAUUUUUAUUAACACUUUUGAAGAGCGUAGUCGCUGUGCAAUAGAUAAAUGUAUAUAAAUCAAUGUUUUUUUUCUUUUUAUUUUCGUGGAUUUAGUUGGUUAGUUUUAUGAAAAAUUUAUAUCCUUUAAACAUUGUAAGAUUUUUUUUCACUUGUUAAUUUUUUUUUUUUUGCUUCCCAUAGUUUUCAAGAAUUGUUGUAAGUCGUGCUCAUCAUGUUUUUAUAUAUAGUUGGUUAUUAGCUAUUUUAGAAAUGAUUUUAUGUUCUUUUUCAUUAUCUUUAAUUAUAAAAAAUAAAACAAAAUAUUAAUCGUUUAAAAAAAAACUAAUUUAGUUGGAACCACUUAAGUAUGAAAUUAUUUUCGAUUUACUUAUUAUUAUUAUUAUUAUGAUUAUUAUUAUUAUAUAAAAAUAUAUUUACGCGAACUAUAUUAUAUUUUUCUCUGUAUUUUAGAUAAUGAUGUUCUGUAAAUUAAGGAGUUUUUUUGAGCAAAAUAAUCUUGUGUAAAUAUAUUUACAAGACAUGUUUAGAUAGUACACAAAGAUUUUUAAGCUAUGUAAAUAAAGUAAUGGAUUGAGUGUUGAGA